AUGCAUCAAGACAGGACCAAAAAGAUCGCUGCAGGCCGCAAACCAGAUGAGCAAUUAUCGCUAGAAAGCAGACCUCGAGAUGAGCAGAGUGAGAGCGAUAAUGAUAGUGCGGAUCCCAUGGAGAAGGAUGCGGAGGAGGAGGAGCUGGAUCGACUUGUGCUUGGAUAUGGAACAACAUUCAGAGCUCAAUUAGGUCAAGAAACGGAUAUGGAUUAUGGCCAAGGCUCAGAGAAUGAUGAUUUUACUGCGCAAGAAAACGAUGAGGGUAACGAUGGCCUCGAGGGUGUCGAUGAUGCCGAUCUUUUCUUCCUAGAUUCCGGCCCAUCUCUUGUUGAUCCCGGUUCUCUGAUAGCGCGGGAGCCAUCUGAAGACGGAACCGGAGGACAUGCGCCUGCCUGGGAAGAUAGCGACGACGACCGGUUGACAGUAUCACUUGCCGGAAAUUCUAGAUUACGAAAACUUCGAGUUACCGAAGAGGAAGAUACCGUCAAUGGGCGGGAAUAUACGCGGAGGCUACGACGGCAAUUCGAGCGUCUUAAUCCGGUGCCAGAUUGGGCGAAGGAUGCCACACGACCAACAAGGCGGCGCCGUAGGUCUUCGGCAGCUUCCGAUUCUUCAGUUUCUUCCAAUGAUAUGGAUGUUGAUGAGGCGGACCUCUCAACUCUGCCGUUGGCGCGUUUGCUACAAGAUGCUGGAGCCCUGACGAGGACAACGGCUAGCCCGAAUAAACGCCCAAAGCUCAGACCGGAAGUUCUCGAUAUCCAACGAUCGCGCGAUAUACCCCUCGUUCAACCCUCUUCAAUAACCUCAUUAUCAUUUCAUCCUGAAUACCCCGUUAUCCUUUCCUCUGGCCCUGCAUCUACCCUCUACCUCCACCAUAUCGCACCAACCGCACAUCCCACUCCAAACCCUCUACUCACGUCUGUUCACAUCAGCCACACGCCCCUCUCCACCUCUGCCUUCCAUCCGCAAGGAGACAAGAUAUUCUUCUCCAGUCGUAGGCGUUAUUUUCAUGUCUGGGACUUACCGUCUGGGACCAUUCAAAAAGUGACCCGAGUGUACGGACAAAAGGAGGAGCAAAAGAGCAUGGAAAGAUUCAAGUUAAGCCCUUGCGGAAGGUAUAUGGCUCUUGUUGGGUCGUCCAGAAGAGAUGGUGGUAUCAUCAAUAUACUCGAUGCACGGACUACGCAAUGGAUAGCUGCGGCGCGGAUAGAAGGGAAGAAUGGCGUUGCCGAUUUUGCAUGGUGGAGCGAUGGAGAGGGCCUUACCAUUGUUGGGAAAGGGGGAGAAGUAGGGGAAUGGAGUGUGGAAUCCCGCUCAUUCCUUGCCCGCUGGAUAGAUGAAGGCUAUGGCCCGACCGUCAUCACGCUCGGUGGUCACGGUGGGCCACGAAACCUUGGCGGAGAUCGAUGGAUAGUGAUCGGGUCUCAAAGUGGAAUUGUUAACAUUUAUGAUCGGCGGCACUUUGUCUCCGCAAAGAACGAAAUCAACAUCCCAGAGAGGCCGCAGCCGAACAGAAGUUUUGAGCAAUUUACAAAGCCAACUAGCAAUUUGGAAAUCAGCCCAGACGGGCAGCUGUUGGUCUUCAGCUCCAAAUGGAAAGGAGAUGCCCUGCGCCUGGUCCAUCUUCCCAGCUGUACUGUGUAUAGGAAUUGGCCCACGAGCCAAACACCAUUGGGUCGCGUUACGGCCGUCGCUUUUAGUAGGCAGAGCGACAUGUUGGCAGUUGCAAAUGAAGCGGGGAAGAUUAGGUUAUUUGAGAUUAGAAGUUAG